CUUCGUCCACAUCCAAGCCACUUGGAAACGCGUCAGCCAUGCCGCAAGCUACAACCGCAGCCAUUAUUGAUGAGAGCUCUGUGAGCCUUGAUCGUGUCCUAGACACAGAGACUGAACCUGAACCGACCCCCAAGACUACAUCCUCGUCCUUGGAAGACGAUGUCAAAGGGUUGCAAGCUCAAGUCAGCGCCCUCUCCGCCGAAAUCACACAUUUGCACGAACAAUUGGAGUCCGCGGAGGCGGAGCGUCAGCCGCUGCGCAGAUCCUUGUCGAUGAAGGAUCAAGUGGUAUCCGACCUGACGGGACGCGUUGCGGACCUAGAACGCCGACUCGCGCACGACAAGGCCGAGUACGAUAAGGCCGUGUCGAACCGAGAUCAGUCCAUCGACGCGUUGCAGUCCAAAGUCCGGGACCUGAAGCGCGAGACGAACGUCCUCACCGACGACUACGAGUCCGUCUCCGAGGAAAAGCAUGAGUUGGAGGAACAGCUCGACAAGGAGCACACCCAGCUGAUCAACCUCCAGGACGAACUGGCCGAGAUGGACACCCUCGUCGCGGACCUCCGCGCCGAAAUCGACCGAUUGAACCAGCGCAACGAGCAGGAUGUCAUGGCCGCGGAAGAGGCACAGCACACCGCCACGGCCGCGCAACAGGCGCUUGAGGACGCGGCAGCGGACACGGCGGCCAAAUUGAUUGCGUUGACACAGGCCAACGAGGCAUUGGAGGACGCAUUGGCGGCGGCCGUCGCUCGUCAUGCGACCGGCACGACCGAGUACCAAGGCCAGGUGGACGCGCUAAAGUUGGAGCACGACGCACAUGUGACAUCGUUGGAACGUCGCCAGCAAGUCGUGGACCUGGAAUGUGCGACACUGCAAGCGGCCCUUGCCCAAGCCCAGGCGGCCGCUGCGUCGACGUCGACCGCGCAGGAAGACUUGGAGAUUAAAGUAGCCCAGCUGGAGGCGGCCAACACGGCGCAAGCCAACGACUGGGCCAACGUCGAGCGCGGGUGGAAGAAACGUGUCCAGGAGCUGACGGACCGAUGCGAUGAGGCGGUCGCCGCCGCGGCGGACGUGCAGCUUGGACGGGACCACGCGGUGGCCAUGAACGCCCAGCUGACGAGUGAAGUGGAGACGCUCAACCAGCGCAGUGUGUGGAACCCAGUGAUCCACGCCGUGUGUUUGUUUGCGGGAAUUGCGUUCGGGAUGAAGGCAUUCCAAGGCCCGGUGGCCUAAGUUGGCAUAUAUAUAUAUAUACUUUGAAGUAUACAUAUACAUAUAUAUAAUAUAUACAUACGGGUGUCAGAGUA